AUGGCAGUGGCCAUUGCCGGGCUCGCCUCGGACGCCCGCGUGCUCUCCAACUUCAUGAAGCAGCAAUCCCUCAGUUCGAAGAUGACCUACGGCCGCCCGAUCCCGCUGGACCGCAUCGUCACCCAGAUCGGCGAUCGUGCGCAGACCAACACGCAACAAUACGGGAAACGGCCGUACGGCGUCGGACUACUGGUCGCCGGCGUGGACGCGGCCGGCCCGCACCUGUUCGAGUUCCAGCCCUCGGGCCUGACGCACGAGAUGCAGGCCUGUGCUAUUGGGGCGCGCUCGCAGAUGGCUCGCACGUAUCUUGAGCGGAAUCUGGACAAGUUUGCCGACUGUUCUCGUGAUGAGCUGGUGACCCAUGGCCUGCGGGCGCUCAAGGAGACCCUCUCCCAGGAUAAGGAGCUCACGAUGGAAAAUACCUCUGUCGGGGUGGUGGGGCUGGGUGCGAACGGGAAGACGGAGACCUUCAAGCUGUACGAGGGUCAGGAUGCGGUGCCGCUGCUGGAGGCGCUGGAGCAAGCGGACUCGGCUGGCGCGGGCGAGGGCGAGUCGAUGGAGGUUGAUUCAUGA